CAGACUCAUAGAACUGAAACACGCAUUUCAAAAUAGAUUCACUCAGCCGAACUGUGUGAUAAUAUUUCAGAACUCUCUUCAAGACACGGGUUAGACUUUGAGGGCAAUAACAGCCUGUGUCAACUAAUGCUGAGGAGAGGAACAUUGUGUAAACUACUGGAGAGUGUGGGACUCCCAUCUCGUCCAAGGCUAUUAUGUUACAGAUUGUCACUGAGCCUGUCAAUCUCUAUUGUUGCGUUCACUUUGCAAGGAGAGCAGCGGUGAGCGAAAGAAGAGGUUUUGAGGUCGGCAUUGUUAUUCGGAUCGUUGACUAGUCAAUUAUUCAACACAGAUCUACAAAUGGCUAUUUCCUUUGUGAAAUCUUAUUUUAGCAACUAGUUCCUUGGGCCAAGUUUAAAGGGACCGGUGGCUGCCAAGUCGGGUCUGAAAGAAGUGAUAUCGAGGAGAAUCUUCAUGGUUCUGUUGGAAGGGGGAUGCACGCGUCGAUGCGGAAACGGCAGAGCUAUGCUAUGCAGUCGUCAACUUUUCUCGCUAGGCAUGGGUCCAGAGACAUGGACUCAUCUCUGCUGAAGCCCAAGUUCCACCUGGACCUGUGGGUCAGUUUCACCAUCCAGAACUGGCUGCUGGACUUCGGGAGGCCCAUUGUCAUGAUCAUCCUCCCUCUAGAGUGGUUCCCCCUGAACAGACCCAGUGCUGGGGACUACUUCCACAUGGCUUACAACAUCAUCACACCCUUCCUGCUUCUCAAGUUGAUCGAGCGUAGCCCCAAGACCCUGCCCCACGCCGCCGUGUACCUGUGCAUCAUCACCUUUGUGAUGGGUGCCAGCAUUCACCUGGUGGGUGACUCCAUUAACCAUCGCCUCCUGUUGAGUGGUUACCAGCUCCACUUGUCUGUCAGAGAGAACCCCAUCAUCAAGAACCUCCAGCCUGCCUCUCUGAUAGAUUCCUUUGAGCUACUUUACUAUUAUGAUGAAAAGCUUGGCCAUUCCAUGUGGUAUGUUCCCUUCUUCCUCAUCCUCUUCCUCUACUUCACUGGUUGCUUCACACACAUCAAGGAGGAGAAGAGGAUGCCGCUCGCUGCUUGGUUUCUUCUCGCUCCCAGCGCCGUCUACUAUUGGUACCUGAUCACAGAGGGCCAGAUCUUCAUCCUCUUCAUCUUCACCUUCUUCGCCAUGACGGCCACAGUGAUGCACCAGAAACGUAAAGGCUUUGUCCCUGAUAGCAAUGGGCUCUUCCUGCUCUACAGUUUCUCCAUCGCCCUGGGUCUGGUCAGCAUCUGGGUGGCUUGUCUCUGGAGCGACCAGGUCCUCCGCAAGAAAUACCGCGGGGUCAUCUACAUACCGGAGCCUUGGGCCUUCUACACUCUGCACAUCAGAGACAAGGGGGCAUCAGCUUGAGCAAGGCGAAUUGCAGAAUCGGUAAUCUUGAUCACAUAAUGAGUAGCUACUUUGGAUGCAGGUGCACAGCAGAGACAAUCAGCGUGUUGGAUGGAAUCAGUUUGAACAAGCGAGGCACAGAAUCACUUAUCUUGAUCACCCAUAAUAUAAUGAGUAGCUAUCUGGGAUGCGAGGUGAUUUGCAGAUUUUUCCCAUUCCGACUGCAAUGCAGUCGAUCUCCAACACGCGCACACAAUCACUAGCUGCUCAAAUGACUCACUCUAGUCAUGUGUGCUGGGAGGAAAAGAAAGAGGGAUAGAGCACGAGUUUACCUACUAUGCAACAAAAAUACAAAAUUAAGAGAUGUUGAGGGGUACUGUACUCUUGGGACUGUGUCAAGAACUUGAAUUAUCUCCGAAGUGAAGUAACUUUUUUUUUUACUAAGGUUUAAGUUACCUAAGAUAAAUUAACUUGAUUGCGUAUGCAGAUACAGAUAUGAAAUUCCUCCAUUGCUUAUUUUUACAGAGAACUGAUGUGGUGUAAUCAAUGCAAGCCCUGUUGAUUGUGUCAUAUGUCUCAGAACAGUAGAGCUCAGAACAGUGGAGCUGAGCCAGCACCAUCUGGCAACACUGAAUGGAGAUUGGAGAAACUGAAUGUAUGAUUCUCCUGGGAUUCCUGCAGAGAUGCUUUUCGAUCACACACACUCACCAGGGUUGGGGUCCAUUUCAUUUUGGUGUCAAUGCCAUUUCCAGUCAAUUCAGGAAGUACACUGAUUUUCCUUGUUGAAAAGCUACGGAAUAGAAUUGACCCAAACUCGGUCACUCACUCUAUACCCUUUAUCAGGAUUGAAAAGAUCAUUAUAGUUUUAUCAAUGUUCAGAAGCAGAUUUGAUGUAGUUCCUUGGAUGAUAUGAAGUCAUCUUAGCUUUUAUUAUGAUGUGCACCACCAACACUGUGAGGAAAUUUUAGCUGACAAUGUUUUAUUAUGGCUUGACUCAUUUUAAAUAUUUUUUCAAUGUCUACCUUUAUCUUUUCCACCUUGUUUCAUACUGUGUUCUUGUAGAAUGUAAAGGUACACUCAGCUAAAUGACAGCACCAGAGAUGAGCGAGAUGCAACACUUUGCUCUCACACAGUCACACACAGUAUCUGCGCAUGUGCACGGAUUCAGGUCACACUGUUCACAGUGUGGUAGCCUGGGCACCAAAACUGCCAAAGUUGAGGCUCAUCGCUUUUAGUUGUUUGCAGAAAUUGACCCACUAUACUGUUUCAUUUCUGCAUCUACAUCAUAUCGCUGAGUCUACCUUUAAGAGAGGAAAAUAUUGCCUAAUUAUUUUCCUAUAUUCCAAUAUAUAUAUUCUAUACUGUCCUUGUCCAAACUGUUGUUGUAGCCUAUAAAAAGCCAUAAAUAAUGAAUUAUGUUUAGUUUGUGUUGUAUGCUCACUCACACAAGUACAGAUUGUAAGGUCUGAAAUGUCCCAAUGCGGCAAACUCAAACUGUUAGACAUAGCUGUUAUUAUAACCUGGGUGGUUUGAGCCCUGAAUGCUGAUUGGCUGACAGCUGUGGUAUAUCAGAACGUAUACCACGGGUAUGACAAAACAUUUAUUGGUAACCAGUUUAUAAUAGCAAUAAGGCAACUCUGGGGUUUGUGGUAUAUGGCCAAUAUACCACGGCUAAGGGCUGUAUCCAGGCACUCUGCGUUGCGUUGUGCUUAAGAACAGCCCUUAGCCGCAGUAUAUUGACCAUAUUCUUUUACGUUGUUUUUCAUCUUAUCUCCGAAUUGAAUGUGCACAGCCGGCAAGACUCAUUUCCCCCAUGGACCGGCUUGUAAAUAAAGCAUCCACCAUUCAGGC